AUGGAGGACUGAACUAUUGGAGCAUCAGAUAGUGCAAUGAACUCACACAAUCCAAUCUACACUGUAUUCAACAAAAUAAUCCCUCCAGCCCAGUUCCACAAGCCAGUGCUAUCUUUAGUCGCUGGAGACCCAUCCAAGUGCUCUGACUUUCAAGUCCACCCUGCUUUUGUGGAAGCCGUCUGUGACCAUUUAAGAUCUGGCAAAGGCAACUGCUAUUCCCAUCAGCACGGCUCAAAAGAAGCAAGAGAAUUCAUGGCUCAAAAAUACAGUUAUGACAAUAUAAAAUUGACCUUUGAAGACAUUAUUUUUGACUUCGGUGGCUCAGGCGCUAUUUUUACAAUUGUUCAAUCCCUUCUAAACCCUGGAGACAAUAUCCUUGCCCCAUCUCCAGGAUACCCUCUAUACGAAAGUAUGUGCCAGAAUCGAGGAUGUGAGGUAAAACAUUAUAAAUUAAAGCCUCAGGAAAACUGGGAAAUCGAUUUUAAUGACCUAGACGCACUUGUAGACGAUCGCACCAAGCUUCUUGUAGUCAUAAACCCUUCAAAUCCCUGCGGAAGCGUGUUUUCAAGAGACCACUUGCUGCAAAUUUUAGACUGGGCAAAGAGACACCGCAUUUGUAUAUUGGCUGACGAGGUCUACGAGUACCUGACAUUUGAAAAGCCAUUUAUCCCUAUGGGAUCUUUGACUGAUGAAGUUCCAGUUUUUGCAAUAGGGACGAUGAGCAAGCUUUGUCUUGUCCCAGGCUGGAGAUGUGGCUGGAUAAAAAUAUAUGAUAAAUAUAAGCGGUGUGGUGAAUUAAGGCGAGGCAUUGAAAAUUUUAAGAGCCUUGUGGCUCAUGCUCCACAUUUUAUGGUCAAUGCGAUCCCACAGAUCCUUACAAGCAUGCCAGAAGGCUACUCAGCAGAGGUGUCUCAAAAACUAAAGCAAAGGGCUGAUAUUGUUUACCAGAAACUUUCAGGGAUCCCUGAACUUACAGUCAUUCCGACAGAAGGCUCGAUUUAUUCGAUGAUUCUGAUUGAUACAAAUGCUUUUCGAGAUAUACCGAAUUCAGAAGUUUUCGCGGAAAAACUGGCAGCUGAAGAAGGAUUAAUGCUGCUGCCUGCUGAAUGCUUUUCAAGUGAAAGUGGGUUUAGGAUUGUGAUUUGUAACCCAAUUGAGGUUUUGGAGGAUUCUAUGGAUAGAAUCAAGGAGUUUGUGAAAAGACAUAAAAUUGCGAAUGAUGUCGAAGAUAAUAAUUAA